AUGCACCCGGCGGGCGGCCCCGAGCCUCCCCGCAAGCACUCCGCCCUUUGUAAUUCGUCGUGGUCUGGUUUUCACUCGUUAAAAGCAUCUCGGUCCAGUAACAUCCUUCUUCGGAAAUUGCUAGAACUAUGCCGAAAUUAUGUUUAUAUUGCGGAUGAUGAAUGCUGCUUGAAUACAUUUGGCUUUAUAUCAUCAGAUCUUUUUAUGGUAAUAGUUUUAAAGGACACGCUGGAAAAAAGAGGUGCUCUCGGAGAAAUCAAAGCAAGGAUCCGGGCUGAAGUUUUUAAUGCUCUGGAGGACCGAAGUGAACCACGGCCACCACUGUCUCAUGAAAAUCUCUUAAUCAAUGAACUAAUUCGUGAAUACCUGGAAUACAACAAAUACAAAUACACAUCAUCUGUUUUAACUGCAGAAUCUGGCCAGCCGGAAGUGCCCUUGGAUAGACAGUUUCUUGCCAAAGAGCUGAACAUAGUUGAAGAUGCAAAUGGAAAAUCAGUACCGCUUUUGUACGGAAUUAUCUCUCAUUUCUUACAUGGUGGUAGAGAAGAAAGUACGCAGAAUACCCAUCCAAAAGUGUCUUUGCUGAAAUAUCCAAAGCAGAACCUUGGCAAACUACCUGCUGAGAGAAAUCAAAAAGAUGGAAUUCCAGAACCAGGAAGAAUGGCUGGCAUGAGCAUCGCAGAGCCCCUAGUUUUGCAAAGUAUAAACAGAUGA